UAAUCUAAAUGUUCAAAAGGCGAAAAUAGCGCUAACACGAUCGAAUAGCUUCUAGACAUACAUAUUGAGUCAUCGAAGCUGUUGGUUUUGAAACACGUUCGGUAUUGCUAGCUUAUUUUUGAAAGCAUGGGUCGCGUUAGGACGAAGACCGUGAAAAAGGCAUCGCGCCUCAUCAUCGAGAAAUACUAUACAAAGCUCACCCUCGACUUCCACACCAACAAGCGGAUCUGCGAGGAGAUCGCCCAGAUUCCCAGCAAAAAGUUAAAAAACAAGAUUGCUGGGUUUGUGACUCACCUGAUGAAGCGCAUUCAGCGUGGGCCUGUGCGCGGCAUCUCCAUCAAGCUUCAGGAAGAAGAGAGGGAGCGGAGGGACAACUAUGUGCCCGAGAUUUCUGCCCUGGAGCAAGACGUCAUUGAGGUGGAUGGUGACACCAUGGAGAUGAUGAAGGCAUUGGACAUGGCUGGCAUCUCUGGCCUGCAGACGACGCCUCUGGGACCUUUCCGCGGUGGACAGCGCAACUGAGUUCAUGAGAAUAAAACUGUAAAAAGAAGCAAA